AUGAUCAUCAUGAAUGUCGAACUAGACAAAAAAUGCAUCAACGAAAUUCGCAUGUUAUCGGCCGAAUUGCCUCUACAAGCUAAUAGUGGCCAUCAGGGAGCUCCUAUCGGUUGUGCACCUAUAGCCCAUAUUUUAUGGGCAUAUGUAAUGAAUUAUUACAAUGAAGAUACGAAAUGGAUUAACCGAGACAGGUUUGUUUUAUCGAAUGGACAUGCUAGUGCACUGUUAUAUACAAUGUUAUAUUUGACAGAACAAGGAUUAACUAUGGAAGACUUAAAAAAUUUUAGACAAUUAGAAAGUUUAACCCCAGGUCAUCCAGAAAGGCAUAUUACCAAAGGAGUAGAAGUAACAACAGGACCAUUAGGGCAAGGUGCAGCAAACGCAGUUGGAAUGGCAAUAUGUGCUCAUAAUUUAGCAGAAAAAUAUAACACAAAAGAACAUAAACUUUUUGAUAAUUAUGUUUAUGCUAUAUGUGGAGAUGGAUGUAUGCAAGAAGGCGUUUUUUGUGAAGCAGCUUCUCUUGCAGGUCAUCUAGGAUUAGGUAGACUAAUACUACUAUAUGAUGACAAUAAAAUAACAAUAGAUGGAAAUACAGAAUUAUCUUUUACGGAAGAUAUUCAAAAGAAAUUUGAAGCAUUAAAUUGGGAAGUUAAAAGAGUAAGUGAUGGAAAUACGGAUUUUCAAAAAAUUUUACAUCAAAUAGAAGAAUGUAAAAAAAAUUUAAAACAACCAUCUUUAAUCAUAGUUCAAACAACUUGUGGUUUUGGAACAAAAGUUGAAGGAACAUGUAAAUCUCAUGGUUUAGCAUUAAAAGAAGAAGAUAUAAAAAAUGCUAAGAAAUUUUUUGGUUUAGAUCCAGAAAAGAAAUUUUACAUCUCAGAUGAAGUAAAAAAAUUUUAUAAAAAUGUAAUAGAAAAGAAAAAAGAGAAUUAUAUGAAAUGGAAAAAAAUGUUUGAUGAUUUUACUUUAAAAUAUCCUGAAGUAGGUCAGGAAAUUUUAAGAAGAUUUCAAAAUGAAUUACCGUAUGGUUGGAAAGAAGUAUUACCUAAAUAUACAACUAUGGAUUCACCAGGUGCUACAAGAAAUUUGUCAGGUGUUGUUUUAAAUAGUUUAAAUAAAAUAUUACCUGAAUUAAUAGGAGGAAGUGCAGAUUUAUCAGAAUCGAACUGUACAUCAUUAAAAGAUGAAAAGGAUAUAACGAAAAAUUCUUUUGCAAAUAAAUAUAUUAGAUAUGGUGUAAGAGAACAUGGAAUGGUUGCAAUUACAAAUGGAAUAUAUUCAUAUGGAGGGUUCAAACCUUUUUGUGGUACUUUUCUUAACUUUUACACAUAUGCAUUUGGUGCUUUAAGAUUAUCAGCAUUGUCAAAUUAUCAUAUAUUAUGUAUUGCUACACAUGAUUCUGUUGAGUUAGGAGAAGAUGGACCUACACAUCAGCCUAUUGAAGUUUUAUCCUUACUUAGAUCAACCCCAAAUUUGAAUAUAAUUAGACCAGCAGAUGGAAACGAAGUAUCAGGUGCAUAUCUAAGUCAUUUUACAAAUUCUAUGGGUCCAACUGUUAUAGCAUUAUGUAGAAAUAAAGUACCACAUAUAAAAAACACAUCAGCAGAAAAUGUAUUAAAAGGUGCAUAUAUAUUAGAAGAUUUUGAUGAUUCAAAUGAUAAACAAAAAGUUAUCAUAAGUGGUUGUGGAUCUGAAUUACAGUUAUGUGUUGAUGCAAAAAAUAUUUUAACAAAUGAACACAAUUUAAAUGUUCGACUUGUUAGUUUUCCCUCUUGGACCUUGUUUCAAAAACAAACAGAAGAAUAUAAACACCAUGUUAUGAUGCAUAAUAAUCCUAAUAUAGUUAGGUUUUAUAUUGAACCAGCAUCUACUCAUGGGUUCGAUACUUAUUUUAACGUCUACAUAGGUAUUAAUCAGUUUGGCUAUUCAGCACCUAAAGAUAAAAUAUGGGAGCAUCUGGGUAUCACGUCGAAUCAUAUUGUUCAAAAGGUGUUGACAUUUAUAAAAACAAAGUUAAAAUGA